AUGGCUUCUGCUUCAGACAGAACAAGAUCAAAGAAUAUGCUGCACUCAACAAAUACAAAACACAAACCCAAGAAGCGAGCCAGAAAGAGAGCAAUAGAUGAAAUCACCAUCCAAGAAUCACAAGAUAUGGUCACUACUUGGCAAAGGGCAGUUGAGGAUGUAAAUGAAUAUCCUGAUGCGGAUUAUGAUCGGAUGGUAGACCAACUCAACAAGAUCAAAGCCGAACGACUCGUGAGAGCAAAACUCUUGAGAGAUACCCAACGAAAACUGGUCGUCAAUUGGUUUGCUGCACAGACCGAACAAGCCAAGAAUGAUUUCCAGUCUGGGCAUGGUGAAUCUAUAGGUCGAAGCCAAAUUGGUAUUGCCAAACCUUGGGGGUCUCAAAUUGGAGAAGAAAGGAAAACAAAGUAUAGACGUGAGAAGCGAGACGAAGAGCCAGCGGUAGCGAUAUAA